GGACGCCACGUCCCCACCGCCCCCCCACCGCUCCGGUCCUCCCCCCAAAUCCAAGCGACAAGUAUCGGGAGAGGCAGACAGAGAGGGAGGAGAGCCUAAAACCCUAACCCCCGAAUCGGAUCCCGCCGCCGGAGAGCGGAACCCGCCCCCCGCCGCCAUGGAGAUGGGAGCGAUGAGCGACGCGGAGCGGAUGUUCUUCUUCGAGCUCGCCUGCAGGAACGCCGAGGCCGCGUACGAGCAGAACCCGCUCGACGCCGACAACCUGACGCGGUGGGGAGGCGCGCUGCUGGAGCUGUCGCAGGUGCGGACCGGCCCCGAGAGCCUCAAGAGCCUUGAAGAUGCGGAAUCCAAGCUGGAGGAGGCACUGAAAAUUGAUCCCAGCAAGGCUGAUGCACUCUGGUGCUUGGGAAAUGCUCAGACCUCUCAUGGAUUCUUCACUCCAGAUACAGAGAAGGCAAAUGAGUACUUUGUGAAGGCAACCGAGUGUUUCCAGAAGGCUGUUGACGUGGAACCUGCAAAUGAUCUGUACAAGAAGUCUUUGGACCUGUCAUCUAAGGCACCUGAACUGCAUUUGGAGAUCCAUAGGCAAAUGGCUUCUCAGGCGGCAGCGACACAAGCAUCCUCAGCCUCAAAUCCAAGGCAAUCAAGGAAGAAGAAGAAGGAUACUGACUUCUGGUAUGAUGUUUGUGGAUGGGUGAUCCUUGGUGUCGGCAUUUUUGCUUGGGUCGGAAUGGCCAGAGCAAACAUCCCCCCUCCACCACCACCGCCAGCAAGGUGAACCGGAUGCACCGCCAACAGAACCUUGCAAAUGGCAUAGCCGCAUAUCUAUGUCAAGUGCCUCGACAUGAAUCUUGCUAGGAGUUAGUUUGUGUAUGGAAGAGGAAAUGGUGUUUCCAUGUUACGGUUUGGUCACAUUUUCAUGCCUGUUUUCCUUUCGAGCCUUGAUGAGGUUUCCUCUGUCAUCGUACGGUGCUGGAUAAUUUUGUACUUGCUUACCUUCGCUGCUGUUUUGAGGUUAAAACGAAUGAUAUUAGUUUUGUUCACAUUGAUACUGGAUAUUAUCAGAAGGUUCCACACA